UAACUACCUAGCUAGGUUAGGGGUAUUUUACCAGCGGUUAGCAGCAGUUGUAACGUGUUAUUUAAGAGAAUAGUAAAAGCAAUUUGGGGAACGCCUUCAAGAUAAUAAGUCUUUUGACUAGGUUGAGAACCUGCAGUAUGUCAUACGUCUUCGUCAACGAUUCGCUGCAAACUACUGUUCCACUACUGCAUGCCUGCAUUGACGGAGAUUUAAGUUACACCAAGCGCCUGCUUGAGUCCGGUUUUGAUCCGAAUGCACGGGAUUGCCGCGGUCGGACGGGGCUACACCUGGCUGCAGCACGGGGGAAUGUUGAGAUCUGUCGUCUGCUUCAUAAGUUUGGAGCAGACCUAUUAGCCACCGACGCGCAAGGGAAUACUGCGCUGCACGUGUGUGGGCAUGUCGACACCAUCCACUUUCUGGUGUCCAGCGGACUUAAGAUCGACAUCUGCAAUCACAAUGGAGCAACUCCAUUGGUGCUGGCCAAGAGGCGUGGCGUGAACAGAGACGCACUGCAUCUACUAGAGGGCCUGGAGGAGCAGGAAGUGAAGGGCUUCAACCACAGCUCCCAUGCCAGCCUGGAAAAGAUGCACAUGGCCGAGAAUGAGAGUGCCAUAGAGAACCAUUCACUCCUCAACCCCCACCUGCAGCACAACGAUGGGGUGCUCUCCAGUUUCCGCACCACCUGGCAGGAGUUCGUGGAGGACCUGGGCUUCUGGAGGGUGCUGCUGCUCUUGCUUGUCAUUGCACUGCUUUCUCUGGGCAUCGCUUACUAUGUCAGCGGAGUCUUGCCUUUCACGUCAAAUCAGCUGGAACUUGUGCAUUAGCAGCGGUGGACUCACACAGACUCUCAUGGCCCAAGUUGAUGAAGCUGGCGAUUCAUUUCAAUGGAAGUUAACAAAGUUUUGGACUUUAACCCUUGUGCAAAUUUCUUUGUGUUCUUUGUGGGGGGGUUUUGUGGAGUCAGUGUAAAAGCAAUUUGGAUGUCCAAUUGUGAUCUUUUAUUGCUCAUUGCUCAAUUGUGAUUUGUAUCGAUUUAUGUUCCAUGUAGUUUUUAUAGAUGGUGCCUAACAUUAAGAAUCUAACCUGAUGUAUUUUCAUAAUGUUGUAGAACUCCAUGCACUACAUUUUUAACUAAAUAACUGAAACUCACCGUUAAUUUGUCAAGAUGUGGACAUACUUAUGCGGUGUUUUUAAUUCAUGUUAAGAUGGUAAGGCCAAGGAAAUUGUCAUUCUUGCUCUACAAUAUUUUCUCAAACAGUUAAUUGACUGUGCUCCACCUCUAAUUCUAAUGAACCUUAUUCAGUUCUUCUGUGAUAUUCAUGUCUGAAUAUUAAAGCCAGGUGAACUCUGGAACUCAGCAAAUUUCUACAA